AUGAGCAACCAGGAUCCGCAGUCUCCUCGUCACUGGCACGGUUCCAUUGGUGAUCGACAUGAGCAUCACAACGUCUGGGUAGUAGGUGGUCCUCCACAGACCUACGUCGGCCACCGACCUUCUAUGAGCGAGACUGCCAAUGCUAUGGCUGACAGGCGUGACUCUGCGUCUUCCGCGAGGCCUGCGACUAAUAACACAGGCAACAGUCCACCCGUGGCUCCGGACAGGAGACGCUCCAGCGGUCAUGGACCGUCGACCCUCUUCGAGAGUUUGACCAGCCAGAAGCGAAAUUCAACUGAUGCUGCCCGCCGAGCGAGCUUCCAUGACCAGUCUCAACAAGGAGGUUUCUUCUCCAAAUGGUGGGAAGGGUAUACACGCGGCAAGUAG